GCUGUAGUCUGUAGAUAGUAAAAGAGAAGUUACAGGAAAAAAGAAUGUUAAGUUGUUUGUUCUGUCCACUUAUGAGUCUUUUCGCAUCACAUUUUUUAUUAAUCAAAAAGUUAUUAUUACAACAGUUUAGUAAUUACAUUAAGAAGUGACAUUAUUUGCAAAUAUUAUAUCUGUAGUAGUUACUCUUACAUCACCAUAUUGAUAUUUAAGACUUUAAUCAUAAAUGUUUUCACUUGCUUUGAUAACUCGCAAGAUUCAAGUCAAUAUAGUCCGAUUCAAUUUACAACCAACCAUAAGAAGAACUGAAUAUCUACUACAAAAAAAAAAAAAAAAAAAAAAAAAAAGAGUUUAUUUCGGAAAGGUCAACAUUAUAAUCAAUUUUCAACUUUUUCCUACGCAAAAAUUCAACUAAAGGACCGAUGGAAACAAGUUCGCACAAUUGCCAUUUUUCCUAGUUGCACUGCAUAGCAAAUUAUUGAUUUUUUUAACGCUGAACUGAAUACAAUUACUUCGAUACGGUUUCCUAAACCAGACGGUUUAAACUGGUAGUAAUUAACCAAUUAAGUCCCUAAAGCUCAACCGCACAUUAUACCGAAAUUGAGAACGGAACCAUACCAAAUUUAAGAAAUUAUGUUUCCCUUAGAGGAAAUUUGCUAUAAUUACGUCUACCAAGAAUCCGAAUAUUCGUUCGAUCUCCUAGGUUUUGGUUUAGUAACGAUAUUUUUGGUUAAGCCCCUAAUCAUUAGUCUCGCUAAUCGACCAAUAUGAAGAAUCUUAUUCAAAUACAACUUUACAGUCGUUCGUUAGAACGUGAUUGUCAGAAAUCAAAAUCAUUUACUUCUCUCGUCGUGCCUCUGAUAUUUUCUUUAUAAUUAGAUAGGAUAAUAACAAAUUUGUUCGAGUAUUAUACAGUUUUCUUUUGUAGGGUUUAAUUAUGCUCCUUUCGAGACACAAACAAAACUGAACCGGUAAAAGAUAUGAACCGGUUUGGACAUGAUAUAACUCGGAUAUAUUCAAAGGAAACUUCCCAUGCGAGAGGAAAAAAAUAUCUUCACAAGUUACAAUCACAAUAAUCGUUACAAAUUUCUUCACAAGUUAAGUUAUAUAAUUAAAUAGAAAAAUAACAUUCAAAGAAAAAUCAAGACUAUUAAAUGGGGAUGAAAUGAAGCUAUAUAACUUAUAUUAUACAUAAGAAGGAAAAAAGGAUUCAUAGCCAAAACCAUGAAGAGCACGAACGGCGAAUCUCCUUCAUUGGGUUACGAGUCCGAGGGAGUUAGCAUGAAGGACGGAAAAUCUAAGCCGCCGGUGAUAUAUUCCGAUGGUUUGUUCGGAGGGAGAGACGUGAUUACAAUCGUGCUAUUGGUCACGACCGUGACACUUUCUUGUCUACUAUUCUACCAAUCUGCAAAUAAUCCACUCAACAUGGUGUUGUCUCCAUGGAAGACCGAUUGUUAUGCUUCAACACUCAUAAACGAGACUUCCUUAGAAAUGGGAAAAAAGAAGGAGCCGGUUUCAGAAUUGGAGAAAGUAUUGAUGAAUGCAGCUAUGGAGGAUAACACGGUGAUCAUAACAGCGUUAAACCAAGCAUGGGCCGAACCAAACUCAACUUUCGAUGUGUUUCGAGAGAGUUUUAAAGCCGGAAUAGAAACAGAGAGGCUGUUGAAGCAUGUGAUCGCCGUUUGCUUGGAUAUCAAGGCAUAUGAUCAGUGCCUAAAGGUUCAUCCUCAUUGCUACUUGAUCAACGCUACCGAUUCAGACCAACUCUCUGGUCCGAAUCGGUUUAUGACGCCUGGUUACUUGAAACUUAUUUGGCGGAGAAUGGAUAUUCUUAGGCAAGUUAUUGGUUUAGGGUACAACUUCAUCUUCACGGAUGCAGAUAUAUUAUGGCUUCGAGACCCAUUUCCCCGUUUUUUCCCGGAUGCUGAUUUUCAAAUAACAUGCGAUGAUUACAAUGGAAAACCAUCAGACAAAAAGAACCACGUGAACUCUGGAUUUACAUACGUCAAGGCAAACAACAAAACUUCAAAAUUUUACAAAUAUUGGAUUAGGUCGAGUCGGAAAUUUCCUGGAAAACACGAUCAAGAUGUGUUCAACUUCAUAAAAAACGAUCAUCACGUCGAGAAACUUGGGAUAAAGAUGAGGUUUUUCGACACGGUUUACUUUGGAGGGUUUUGCCAGCCGAGCCGAGACAUCAAUGUGGUCAACACAAUGCAUGCUAAUUGUUGUAUUGGCUUGGACAACAAAGUGAAUAAUCUUAAGGCAGCUCUCGAGGAUUGGAAACGAUAUGUGUCACUAAACACGACCGUGUCCGAGACUAAAUGGAAUAUUCCGCCUAGGUGUGGUUAUUAAAGGUUGUAAGAGUAGAUAUAUGAAAUUAGUUCGUACGUUAAGGUAGUUUCGUUAACUAUUGGAGUCGGUUGUUGAUUCUUAAUUAUAUUUAGUGUUAAGAUAGUACGUUUUUGUUAUUUGAGAGUAUUAAAGAUUUUAACUUAUCAUAAAUUUUCUUAUAAGAAAUUCUAAAGGCAAACCUCCAAUCUAAUUUAUAUUUACUUUAAAAUAGUGGGGAUGCGGGAUUAUGUAGG